AUGGGAUAUCACUCCUUUUGGGGAUGGUUAGAUAGGACACGGAAACAACCUAAGCCAAAAAUGGCGGAGACUGUUGUAAGAAUACUGCUGGUGUUUUUGAUGUCAACCCUGUCUGGAUGUAUUGACUUGUCCUAUAAAGUCCAGGAAGAGCAGACGCCACCAGUCGUACUGGGUAAUGUGGAAACAGACAGCUCCGUCCUUAGCUUAAUUGAUACGGUCCAGCAACAGAAUCUCGAAUAUCGAAUCCUGAAUACAGCUGAAAGCUUUACAACAAAUUUUGACCUGGAUGUCAGUACAGGUCUUCUAAAACUCGUUAAAAAGUUGGACCGUGAGGCUUUAUGUAAUUCCGCUGCAACUUGUGUCUUACAACUUAGUAUUGCAGUGGCUUCAUCCGACAAGUUUAUCACUUCCAUCAGAGUCAAUGUCACAGUAUUGGACACCAAUGACCACAGUCCGGUAUUUUCCCGGAGUUCCAUUUCGGUACCUAUCUCUGAACGAUCAUCUGUGAAUCUUACUUUCCCCAUUAUUGGUGCAACAGACUUGGACGCUGUUGGUCUCAACAAUUCCAAAAUCUUAUAUGAGAUUUUGCCGAACAGUGAGACAUUUGGCCUUAAACUGGUCUCAAGUUCGCAGGGUAGUACAGACGUCAACCUCAUUCUGAAACAGACUGUUGACCGUGAAAAGCUUGACCAUUACAAGAUCUAUGUGGUAGCAAAGGAUAUGGGUAAUCCUCAGCGGUCUAGUACACUUACAGUUGAUGUUUCCAUCGAGGACUAUAAUGACAACAAACCAGUCUUUACGCAGAAUCGGUACAACACCACUGUUCGGGAGGAUGUUGCCGUAGAUACAGUGAUACAGACAGUUGUUGCCUCUGAUUCAGAUGCUGCUGAUAAUGGAAAGGUCAAAUAUGAGUUCACAUUUCCACAGACAUUGUUUAAGUUGGAUGAAAUAUCGGGGGAAAUAUCAGUGAUCCAGCAGUUAACAUAUUCCCCUGCCCCGUUAGAAUUGUCUGUACGGGCAUAUGACCUCGGAACACCUCAACAAACCAGCCUCACUUUGGUUGAUGUACAUAUUAUCGACAUUAAUAAUCAUGAUCCUGAAAUCAACAUCCGACUCCUCAGCAACUCCAAUUCAGCAACAGUUGAGGAAAACUCUAAUACUGGAACUCUUGUGGCUUAUGUUUCAGUACAAGACAAAGACAGUUCCAAUAACGGAAAGGUGAACUGUUCAAUUAAAAGCACAAAGUUUAGCCUGCUCCGUAUUUCCAAUUCAGAGUAUACGGUGGUCACUGCAGAACAGCUUGAUCGUGAAAAGAAGAUAGAGUAUGUAAUCACAGUCGCAUGUGAGGAUAACGGUCAGCCACGCCGAAAUCAUUCAGCCAGCUUCAUUGUGGAGGUUCUAGAUAAAAAUGAUAACAUGCCUAUAUUCAUGCAGCGCAUUUACUAUGGAAAUCUAACAGAAAAUAAUGAGGCAGGAAAAAUGGUCACUCGUGUCUCUGCCUCUGACAUGGAUCAAGGAGUGAAUGCCGAAGUCCGAUAUUUUGUGGAGAGUGAUUUUGCUGAUAUGUUCUAUGUGGAGCCAACAUCAGGUGUGGUCAAGGCCAAUGUUAGGUUUGAUCGUGAGCAGGUCAGCGAGGUCAGGUUUAAGGUGCUGGCCAUGGAUUCAGGGGAGGAAAUCCAGUACACAUCAAACGCAACUGUGAUACUGACUAUCAUAGAUGAUAAUGAUGAAUACCCGAUGUUUACACAGUCGAAAUUCAACUUCUCAAUUACUGAGAAUCAGAAUGCUGACACUUUACUUGGGAAUCUGUCGGCCACGGACAAGGACAUUGGCAUGAAUGGACAGGUCAUGUACUCUCUACCUUCUCAACACCAAAUGACCUUGCCAUUUGUUGUUUUUCCUAACGGAACAGUGAAAUCAAAUCGUCCUCUGAAUAGAGAAUUAAAAAGUAGCUAUGAAUUUAUCGUCAUGGCAACAGACCGUGGUGUUCCAGCUUUGAGUAGUACAGCAAAAGUUUCGGUCCGAGUUUUAGAUGAAAAUGAUAAUUAUCCUCAAAUUAUCUACCCUGUCAAAAACAAUGGCACAGUCACUGUAUCUCAUCUCACACCACCUGGAAAUGAGGUGACAAAAAUAGACGCUUAUGACCUUGAUGAAGGUCGUAAUGGUGCUUUGGUGUUCUCAAUGUCACGUGCAAGUGCUAACGAAUUAUUCUACAUUGAGGAGUCUACUGGUAAGAUUUAUCUUGCAAAAGAAAUCCGUAAAGAGGAUAUAAAAGACUACAACCUCAUGAUAGAGGUCAGUGAUAAGGGCAUCGAGCCAAAAAAGAGUGGUGCCGAUAUCACACUUAGGAUUGAGUUCACAGUUACCGAGGAAACAUCACAGCCUGGUAUCGGUCAAAAUGUCCUCAUUGCCAUAACUAUUGCUUGUGUGACUAUAGUGCUAUCAUUAGCUAUUCUUGUGACAAUCUUUUUAAUUCGGAGGGCAGACUCGUCAAAAGGAAGUGGACGAGGAAGUCUCACCGAACAGGAGGAAGUGAAAGUGACAGAGACAUUACAAAUUCCCCCUAAAAAGCCAUGCUUAGCCAGAGAGGGCGCACGAUCUCCUCUCCCGGAUAAUAACAAUAGUGUUCAUUAUGAGGUGAAAAAAGAAGUUAGUUUUUCAAUGGACGAUCAUGAUCAUAGAGAUUCUGGGAUAUUUAUGAUCGCCAAUGAUCACUCAAGUCCAGUCCCCAUGACCAAGCUGAGUAAAACUAGACAGCUACAGACUUUUAUAUCGCAGCAGUCGCCAAAUCGUACUACUUUGGCAAGGCGGGGGGACGAUCCAGCACAAGACGAGCUUCAUCGUAUGGCAUCCAUACGACUUCAUGAAAAACUGAUGCAUUCACAUAACAAACCACUGAUCUACCAUCCAGACGAGAAUCGACAGUUAUUACUGCUGAAAAAAGGGUUAGAGGACUCUCGCAGCGACAACUCAGGGGAGGUAACCACUGACAGUGGUCGAGGCGGCAGUGAAGAAGAUAUGCAUCAUGCCAGUAUCAUGAUAUAG